AUGGUUUCAAUGGCGGUUCACGUCAAUGGAACGUCCAAUCCGGAUUACCUCGACAGUUCCCCUGAAGAUAAUGAAGUAAGUUCAUCGAUUCGUGCCUAAAAUUCAAAUUUGAGUAUUUUUUCAAGGAGUUAGAUGAUGAGAAGUCGGAGACAAUUUCUGUCGAACCUAGCAGCCCGAUGGUUCCUCUCAAAAUUACCAUUUAGUAAGUUUCGCCAACGAAAGUUUGUUCAUUUUGUUUGAAUUUUGCACAUUGCCUGUAAAUAAAUUUGGCUCGUAUUGAUAAUCAAUUUGAUGUUGUUAUUCCGAAGAAAGCUCGGAAUUUGCUGGUUUUCACCAACAUUUUAUCUUUAUUUCCCUUUACUGUUUGAUUUUGUGCUAAUAUAUCCUUUCAGCGAUGAUUCGGAGAAAGAUUCGAUCUCUUUGCCUGAUUCCUUACCCAUUUACCCAAACGGAUGGGAUAAAAAGAUCUUCGCUGAGAGCGGCGAUCCAAAGCCUAAAAAACUCGAUGGACUUGGUAAGGUUUUUUCAAAGUUCGAAAUUUCUUCUUGGAGCGAUUAGUAUUGUGCUUUUGUCUAAUGUCUAAAAUUUAAAAACCGCUUACUAGGCCUCAAAAAGUUCUAACCUCAUUUGUAACUAUCGCUUGCUUGAAAACUUUGCUUUUUGCGUUUUGAGGAAAUGUUGCCAAAGUUCAAAGUUUUGAGCAAAAUUUAACGCGUAACUUUCCGCUUUCCAAAAAUUCUUGGAAAACGUUUUGAACUGACCAAAGACUAACUUUAAGUUUUUUAACAGUACGAUACAUUUUGAUAUUUGAUUCAAAACUCAAUUCAUGAUCUAAAAACUAACUAAUUUUUUUCAGUAAAAAAACAUAAACCCUAUUUUUGAAAUAAGACUGAAGUUAAUCUAUCCUAAUAAGAGUCGCGAGAGAAAUUUCAUAACUUCAAAAAGAUGAUAACGAAAAAAACACGCUCUAGUUAAACAAAACUCAAUUUUUAACAUGUGAAAGUAUGCCAGUUUUUAUUUGUUUGAAUGAAUUUUUUUAAAAUUGCAAUAGAAUUCACAAGACUAUAUAUGAUUACGUGGAUAAAAAAAUCACAUAAAAUUCAAGAAUUAUUUCUCCAGUUUAAUUUGAAUAUCUUUUUAUCAACUAAAGUGAUCAAGUUGACAGCAAAAAUAUAUUUUGAGUUCUUCGAAAAAAAUUAAAUAUCCUAUUAGUAAUAUCAGACAUUAAUAUGAAAUUUACAGGAAAAAAAUCUUGGCGCGACUGCGAGGAACAGAGCCGAAAGUUGAGAAAAAACGGAUCGUGUUGAAUGAGUUUGGUGUCCCGAUCCGACCAAAACGAGCCGAUGGCCUGCCGCUUUGCCGCAUCAGUUAGUUUUUUUUAUGAUGUCGUUUGGUUUAGUUCGAGAAACUCUUACAUUUUUUGCAAAAAUAUCCAAUGACUGGUUAUGAAGAUUUCUGAAAAAUGAAAGACUCGUAAACCUCCCAACAAAGUUUUUCGUGUAACUUCCAACUUCUUUUUUUUUAAUUCAUCAAAAACCUCAACUACUUUCCAGUAGGUUAGCCGGAUAGUUAAAAAAAUAAUUUUUUUAAAAUUUCGAAAUUUGGAAAAAGUCAGUAGCAUCUACGAUGUGUAAGAGUUUCGUGAAGAAAAGAUCGUGUCUGGUGAAAAAAGAUAAAUUAAUAAUAAACUAACAAUUAUAUUUUUUACAGGCGAAGUCCGGCAAAGAGUCGCUCUGGCCGAUUCACAAGAUGGAAUCGAUCUUCCAGUUCUUCACAAUAUGCCAUCCGAAGUUGAAGAUGUAAAUCAUUUAUGAGUUGAUCAUGAUGAGAAUCUCUGGUGAUUUCUCAGGUCCGAAGGAUGAUCCGAUCAAAAAUGAUCCGGUGUAAGCGAUGUAAGAACCGAUUCGUUGAGAAGAACCUCUACGAACGACAUUUGCGAGACCGCCAUCAUGACGAUUACGUUAUUUAUAUUGCUGAACAGGUAUGUUUUCAGAAAAAUUGACACUAGGAAUUUAUUCAAAAGGAAUUUCGAAAAAUGAUUACUUUUUCUCCAUAAGUGCUACUAGGCUUUUUGAAUGUUUUUGACGUCAAUUUUUUUUAAAAGUUGAUUAACAGUCUUAUGAGCAUUUCAAUGAUUUAUAGAGAACAGCAAAUAUUAUAACGUUUUUUUAAAAAAACCAAUAUUCAACAAAGACAAGGUCAAAAAAAUCCAGAUUUUUUUCUGAAAAUAAAAAAAUUGAGUCACUGUUGAAAAAAAUUAUUUGGGUUACAAAAUCAGUUCAAAAAAAUGAAAAUUUCACAAUUUUAGCGGAAAACUAUCAACUUCAUCAUUUCUUUGAGGUUCUACUUCACUGAAAAAAAUUUCCCUGAACAUAUGUAUCUCAACUUUCCAGAGCAUACUUAUUUCAUUUCGAGGUAUUUACCAAUGUGAAGUAACUGAAAGCAAAAUAAAACAUCGAAAUUUCAAAACUCUGUUGAUCACUCUGAUUCAAAAUGAAUUCAGGAAGCUGAAAUGGAACAACAACGGCAAGAAGAAAUCGAGGCGAAUCGGAUAGAAGAACUGCAAACUGGAGGCUUCAUUCCGCCAGAAUCUGAAAUUGACGUCGAUAUCUUUGAUGUCAAUGUAGAUGUGUCAGUUUCCAAGAAAAAUUCUCUGAAAUCGCCUAGAAUCCAAUUACAGAAUUCCUCUGCCCGGCGAGAACAAUGGCGGCGUCGUCCCGCGGUUCGAUUCCUUCGGAAGGCUUAAAUCUGUCAAAAGACCUUACAAAAGAAAGGUAGUCAUUCUUUUGAAACUUCGCUAUGAAUAAAACAACUUCAGAUCUCUCCCCAAUGCCCGUUCUGUGACAAGCGAUUUCGGAACGAAUACUCUCUGAAAAAACAUUUUGUGAAGAAACAUCCCGAGCUUUUGGAAUUCGAUCAAUGUCUCAAGUGCUUCAAAUGCUUGAAUAUCGAUGAAAUGGAGACGCAUAAUUGUGAACUGGUAGGUGUAUCUGCUGAAAUGAAAAUGAUGAGAAUAUUAUUUCAGACUUAUAUAUGUUUCGAAUGUACUCCUAUUCGUAACUUGUGUACAGAUGUGAGGUUACUCAACCACCGGAAAAAGUUCCACAGAGGUAAGGUUUUCACAAAGAAAAUAUAAAAAAUAUGUUUUUCCAGGCGCAAACUCUGGAUUCCGUUGCAGUUUUUGCAAUUUGAAGUUUUUGACGCCUCGAAAGCUUCGAAAGCACAAGAAGAUGUCCCAUGUGUUUACGAAGACUUACCAGUGUCAUUUUUGUGAAGAAAUUUUCAUUAGCGAAGUUGCGGUGAGUCAUUUUUCUCAAAGUACGUGUGGGAAAGCUCAGAAAAUAAGAGCUAAGAGUUUCAAAUUAUACUGCUUCUUCGGAAGUUCGCUACGUUCCACUGAUUGAUACUAAUUUAAAAAAAUCAAUUUUGACUUCUUUUUUUGUAAAAAACUAACUUUUCAAUAACUCCGCAUCUUCAACUCGAAAGAAACUUCUUGAACUUGAAAAAAAUGUCGAAUUUUCAUAUCAUAACUAAAUUUGCAGGUCAUGACGCAUGAAAGGGUCCACACAGGAAUUAUCAAGUUUGAAUGCAAAGUUUGUGACUACAAGGCCAAUCGUUUCACCCAAAUGGAGGUGAUUCAACAUUUCGAAUGUAUAUCAAGAUUUAUCCUGCUACAGAUACUAAUAGGAAUUCACUUGAGUUUUGGGGUAAUAUUGAAAAAUGAAAAUCAAAGACCAUCAUCAAAUUUUGAUUUUUCUGAAUUUGGGAAAUCUUCUAAAAAGUUCCCUUCAGCUACUUUUUUUCAUAUACUCUUUCGAUGUUUUGGCUAGAAAUUUGAACAUUUUUCGUAGCUUUAUGUAACAGGAUUAUAUCCUACUGACGUUUGUAGUAAUCUGGAUUAGCGAAAUAUCAAGAAAAUGACUGCGAACCCGGCGACUUUAAAGAAACCUACCAAGCAUCGGAUUACAGGAUCACGCACGCGACGAACACGGCUACGUCUGUGCGAUUUGUCAGGAAAAGCUAUCGGAAUGGUGCGAAUUGAAGCAUCACACACUGGUCAAGCACGGAGGCUACCUUUCCGCCGACCAUCCAACAGGUUUUUGCCGUUUUUUUUUGAAAGCUCUUUCAUCUUGUGAAAAAAUCAAAUUUUCAUUCUAGAAAACUGAAUUGUGUUGUCAUCAAACUCAUCUGACUUAUCUCAUACGAGCUUGAAACAUUUUUGAAUUUUUAAGGGCCUGAAUGGUUCAGUGAAUUUUUUUCAUGAAUAGAUAGAAGUUCAAUCUUUUCAGGAGUACUUUCAUUCAAGAUUAUUUAAUUUUUCGAAAUGUUCAUUUAGAACAUUAAUAUUAAUUUUGUUUGGUUGUGAUUUUUUUCACCCCUAUACAGAAAUUGUAGAGAAAAAAACGCUUAAUUUACCGCAAAAUUGAUUUAAACUUAUUUUUUUCGAUUUGAGGUAAUUAUCACGAAUGUUCGUUUAUUUUUCUUGAAGAAACUUAAACCUAAUAAUGUCAAUUUUUAAAGAUUAUCAAUACAGUUGGGAGGAUUCUUCAAUUUUUCAAGAUCUAUGACUUCCAGGAGUCCAAAAUAUUAAAAAAAAUAAUAUCCAGGCAAAGUUUGAAAAAAGCGCAAAAGUUCUUUUCUUUUUUUCCUCUUCUAGUUUUUGGGAAAGUCACGUGUGAAUAAACCAAAAUAGGUGCUUCACAGAAUGAAAAAUGGUCUUAACAAUAAGCCUGGGAACAACUGUGAGAAAUUUCGGGAUUAAAUUCUCGGGUACUGCUUUUGUAACGUAUGUAAAGAGAGAAAGUUCAAAUAGACCAUUCUUCCCUGAAUCAACGUAAUUUUACUCUCAAUUUGGUUCAAGAAGCAAAAAAAGAAAGAGUUUUCCCUUUUUGGAACUCAAACACAGAAAGUCUUACUCUUCCACAAAAAUUUGGUUUCCAGUUGUGUUUCAGAAACAAUGGACGAUUAAUUGUAGAAUUUUGAACGAUGAAGUAUUUUAAAAUUUUCAGAAAUCUUUCACUCAUAUUCAUGAUUGAUUUUUGAUUUCUUUUUCAGGUCAUAUUGAAAGCCCCCGUCUGUGGAUUUUGUACAAAGGCGAAUGA